CCGCAAUCGUCGGUUUUGCCAACCAAACGUGCUUCAUUUUCCACCAACUAACGUUUCGAACCGUUUCAAAUAUUUUCCGAUUCUGGAUUCAGGAUUCAGGAUUCAGGACUCGGGGGCUUGCCAGUGGGAUUCCGCAGAGAAUGCAACGGGAUUGAUAUUGACUUGAACCGAAGGGCCAAGAAGAGCCUGGCAGAGCGAUAAUAGCCACUAGACGGAACCUGGCUCGCCAUUUUAAAGUGGAUGUAACGGAAUUCAGUGGUGCAACGGUAUUAAUGGGCAGCGAAGGACCAAAGGAGGCACUAAGGAGCAUUCGAGGACCGUUGAAUUAGUUUGCAGCGAAGCAACAAAUACAAACAAACGCUCCUGGCCAUUCAACAAUCACUCGACGUCGCCGUAUCGAUUUUCCGUUACAUCGUUAUACACACACACUAACCCAGUUGGCACCACUAACACCACAACUGGCCAUUACGCAUACGCCCCAUAGCCACCCCAAAAAGAAACAGAGAGCGUGCGGCUCGGCUCGACAAAUCCAGCUGCUCCACGCAAAUCGGAAAGCGAGAGAGAACCAGAUUUGUUGCAUCUCGGUGGCACUUGGAGGCAUGUUUCAGUUGGCACUCGUCAGCCGCGGACGGACAAACCAUUUAGGGCUACGGCAAUAGCAAUAGCCAUUGUAGAUAGCAUUCAUCACAGCAUCGGAAAUCGCGACCAGUCACGACUUUUACACUUUGCAAUAUUUCUCUGUGAAAGAAGCCACAUUCCCCAAGGAAAUCGCAACCACCAGCAGGUGUUCAGCAUGGCGAGACUUCAGCUGGAAGCGGGACAAACGGCAGCGGCGAUGGUGCUGCUCCAGAUGCUGAUGAUGCUGGGCGGCCAGGUGCUCGGCCAGGGGCUGCCGCAGGCACAGGUGUGCCCCGAGCAGAGCGAGAUCGCGCCCUGCAUCUGCACGGUGAAGAAGAACGGGCUGGACAUCCUGUGCGAGACGACCGACCUGGCGCACAUCACCAAGUCGAUGGGCACGCUAAAGGGCAAGAGUCCCAUCAUCUUCUACCUGAAGCUGCGCCACAACAAUCUGCCCAAGCUGCAGGGCUUCGUCUUCUUGGCCCUGGACAUCCGCCACCUGACCAUUCACAACAGCAGCCUGGCGGCCAUCGAGGAGAAUGCCCUCAGCUCGCUGGGUGAGGGACUCACCCAGCUGGACGUCUCGCUGAACCAAAUGAAGACGGUGCCCUCGCAGGCACUGGGUCACCUGUUCCACCUGUUGAUCCUCAAUCUGAACCACAACAAAAUCACCGUGAUUCACAACAAUGCCUUCGAGGGACUGGAGACCCUGGAGAUUCUGACGCUCUACGAGAACAAGAUUACACAGAUCGACCCCGAGGCUUUCCGAGGACUCGAGGACCAUAUUAAGCGUCUAAAUCUGGGUGGCAACGAACUGAGCAGUGUUCCGCAGAAGGCCCUUUCCAUUUUGGCCACUUUGAAGAAACUGGAGAUCCAGGAGAACAAGAUUCGCGUUAUCAGCGAAGGAGACUUUGAAGGCUUACAGAACUUGGACUCUUUGAUAUUGGCCCACAACAUGAUCACCUCCGUGCCUGCCAAUGUCUUUUGCCACCUCACACAGUUAAAUUCCUUGGAACUGGAGGGCAAUAAGAUCAGUACAAUUGACAAGGAUGCCUUCAAGGGCCUCGAAGAGAAUCUGCAAUAUCUGCGCCUGGGUGACAAUCAAAUCCACACUGUCCCCAGCGAGGCACUGCGUCCAUUGCACCGCCUUCGCCACUUGGACUUGCGCAACAACAAUAUCAAUGUUCUGGCCGAAGAUGCCUUUACUGGAUUCGGAGACUCUCUCACUUUCCUCAAUCUGCAGAAGAAUGACAUCAAGGUUCUGCCCAGUCUUCUGUUCGAGAAUCUCAACUCCCUGGAGACGCUGAACCUACAGAACAACAAGCUGCAGCGCAUUCCGCAGGACAUAAUGGAGCCGGUCAUCGACACCCUUCGCAUCAUCGAUAUCACCGAUAACCCGCUGAACUGCUCCUGCGAGCUGACCUGGUUCCCCAAGCUGCUCGAGGACCUGAAGAACAAAGACGACGAAAUGUCGCAGAAGAAGAAGCCGCUGUGCCACAUGUCGCUGGACAACCGCGAGUACUUCGUGCAGGCCAUGCCCACCGAGAAGAUGCACUGCGCCGGCCUCAAUGUGAGUCCCUCGCCCACCAGCGGCGGUCUGAUGCGGAUCCUGCAAGUGAACAUCCUGGCCCAGAUUGCCGUGUGUAGCGUGGCCUUUCUGACUAGCGUCUAAAGCUAGAGACGCCUCUGUCCAGCUAGACGCGAUGUUCCAUGUGGGUCAGUUUCAGCUUCAGUUUCAGUUCCACCUUCAGACCCUCAGACUCGGAUCAGACUCAGUGAUCAGUUUUCAGUGAUAGUAAAUAGUGCGAUUUGAUUCGGUUUGAUUCGGCUUGCAAGCUAACCAGAUUAAGAUCCAUGAAAAGCAAAAAGCGAAUAGCAUACGCAUACGCAUACGCAUACCCAGACCCAAGAUCACAGACCUUUCCGUACGUCUACAAUCCAUUUCUGUGUUGUUGUAUUGUAUGUUUUCUUAUAGAUUAUAGAGAGUCCGUGAAUUAUGCAACUCUGCCAAUAAUUAGACUCAGAAAGCGCGCUUUCUGAACCAGCAGCAAGUCGCGGCAGCACCCAAACCACCUUGUUGAAUUGAAGCACCUCCAGAGGCAGCACCAUCAUCCAAUCUCCAAACACUCCACUCCACACCACUGCAGACAUGCACAGUAGCUCGACGCGAUGCUAAUGCCGAUCGAGAUCGGCACAAGGAGAUAUUCAAUUGUUAACGGACAUAGCUUAGAUUUAAGGUGUGAUUUAGGAAACAGUGCACCUGCUUUACUGCAGAGGUAAACCAAAUCGAAACCCAAACAUAUCAGAAUAUUGUUACGUUUAAGCAAGGGAUUAUGUUGUUAUGCGCGUUAACCUAAGGAUACGGAUACCCAUUUAUUAUUGUGUGUAGUCUAUCGUCGUCUUGUCGUCGGUGUUGUGAGAUACAAUCAUUACUAACGCGUUUCGUAGUCCCCUCACCUGUUUCCCGUCCUACCUUCUGCACCCAACCAAUCCAACCCCGAGCAAUCUAGCCUGGUCGAAGUUCUUAGAGUCUAUGUACAUACCAGGUCUAUUUCAAUUAUAAUCUACUAUUAUUGUGGCUCCACUGUGGGUGCCAGAGGCGAGGCGAAACGGAGGGAAAACCCAAGAGAAAAUAAGAAAAUUCAUUUGCAUCAAUCACCAA